AAAAUUCUAACAAAGAAGGGCUGAAACUUUGACUAAAUUCUCAGACAACGCAGAGAGAGAGCGACGACUUCUUCCUCGUCUUCCUUCUCCUCGAGCAACUUUACGAAAGUUCUUCGAAGCUCAAACUUCUCUCUCUCUCUCUCUCUCUCUAUGUGAUUUUGAUUAAUCGGCAUUUUCGGUUUGGAAUUUCGUAUCUGUGGCUCGAAACGGAAGUAGUAGUUGAAGAAUUGAAUUGAAUCGAGGAAGGGAGAUUUGUUUUUUCGGUUUACGGAAUUCGAUUCGGUCAACGAAUUUUUGUGCCUGUAGGUGAUCGGUCAACGGGAUUGGUUAUACGAAGGAGAUGUUUAUGGAAGUUUGAAGGAAUGGAGAUGACGGAACGAAGGCGACGACUCAUCUCGGUUGUUUCGGGUUCUGCUUUUAUGUGGUUGAUUUUGUUAUUUGGCUUGUUCAGAAAAGUAUAUGCUAAUUCAGAAGGUGAUGCCCUGAAUGCGUUGAAGACCAACUUACUUGAUCCCAACAAUGUUCUUCAGAGUUGGGAUGCCACACUUGUUAAUCCCUGCACAUGGUUUCACGUUUCCUGCAAUAACGACAACAGUGUUACUCGAGUUGACCUUGGAAAUGCAAAUUUAACUGGUACACUGGUUCCUCAGCUUGGUCAGCUAACGAAUCUACAGUACUUGGAACUUUAUAGCAAUAAUAUAAGUGGAAAAAUCCCGGAAGAGCUUGGAAAUUUGACAAACUUGGUGAGCUUGGAUCUUUACGUGAACAAAUUAAAUGGUCCGAUUCCAACCACAUUGGGGAAGCUUGCAAAACUACGUUUCCUACGUCUCAACAACAACAGUUUGUCAGGGACUAUUCCUAUGACUUUAACAGGUGUUGACUCACUGCAAGUCUUGGAUCUUUCAAACAACAAGCUGUCAGGAGAUAUUCCAGUUAAUGGUUCUUUUACAUUAUUUACUCCCAUCAGUUUUCAAAAUAAUCCGCUAAAGCCGCUCCCAGUUUCACCACCUCCUCCUUUAACUCCACCAGCUGGUUCCCCAGGUAGUAGUACAACUGGACCUAUUGCUGGAGGAGUUGCUGCUGGUGCCGCUCUUCUUUUUGCUGUCCCUGCAAUUGCUCUGGCUUGGUAUCGGAGAAGGAAACCACAGGAUCAUUUCUUUGAUGUACCUGCUGAGGAGGAUCCAGAGGUCCAUCUGGGACAGCUUAAAAGGUUUUCUCUAAGGGAGCUUCAAGUUGCUACUGAUAAUUUUAGCAAUAAACAUAUUCUAGGCCGAGGUGGAUUUGGCAAGGUUUAUAAAGGGCGCUUAACGGAUGGCUCCCUAGUUGCAGUAAAAAGGCUUAAAGAAGAGCGUACCCAAGGUGGGGAGCUACAGUUCCAAACAGAAGUAGAAAUGAUCAGCAUGGCUGUACACCGUAACCUACUCCGCCUCCGUGGAUUUUGCAUGACACCAACCGAACGGUUGCUUGUGUACCCAUAUAUGGCUAAUGGAAGUGUUGCAUCUUGUUUAAGAGAUCGUCCUGAUUCACAGUCCCCACUUGAUUGGGAAAUACGAAAACGCAUUUCAUUGGGAUCUGCAAGGGGCCUUGCUUAUUUGCACGAUCAUUGUGAUCCUAAGAUUAUUCACCGUGAUGUCAAAGCUGCAAACAUAUUGUUAGAUGAGGAAUUCGAGGCAGUCGUUGGAGACUUUGGGUUGGCUAAACUCAUGGAUUAUAAAGAUACUCAUGUUACCACUGCUGUGCGUGGCACCAUUGGGCAUAUAGCACCAGAGUACCUCUCAACUGGAAAGUCUUCAGAGAAAACAGAUGUUUUUGGAUAUGGAGUUAUGCUUCUUGAACUCAUAACUGGACAGAGAGCUUUUGAUCUAGCUCGUCUUGCAAAUGAUGAUGAUGUCAUGUUGCUUGAUUGGGUCAAAGGACUCUUGAAAGAUCGCAAGUUAGAAACAUUGGUGGAUGCCGAUCUACAAGGAAAUUAUGUCGAUGAGGAGGUGGAGCAGCUGAUCCAAGUGGCUCUUCUCUGCACACAAGGCACAGCCGGUGAACGGCCGAAGAUGUCUGAGGUGGUGAGAAUGCUUGAAGGGGAUGGAUUAGCAGAAAGAUGGGAGGAAUGGCAAAAAGAGGAGAUGUUCCGCCAAGACUUCCACCCGACACACCAUCCAAAUACUCAUUGGAUUGUUGACUCUACUUCACACAUCCCUCCAGAUGAAUUGUCUGGUCCCAGAUGAUACCCCUUUGAUGGUUGUCUAUGUAUACACGAGAGACCAAUUCAAGGUCUGUUUUGUAUUUUUGUUAAUGUUGCUGUUGUUGUUGUAAUAAUAUCAUAUAGGUUGUGUAAAUGUUUCACUUUUUGUUAUUUGAUAGUUCUCAUUUAAUAUUGUUCGAUGUCCAAUAUGUAUCACACAUUGGGGUCGGUGCUCUGUUGUAAUUUUCACAUAGGCUUUUUUUAAGUGAUAGUAAGAAAUUAUUGAAGUGCUACCGAACAAGGCAGGAAUGGCCACCGAAGCACCCCAAAAAUGUCAAUUUUAUGUAUCUCAUUAUUAGAAAAAGUUGGCCUCUUAAA